AGGUUGACAUCACAAAAUUAAUUACUGGGCCUCUUCUUAUUAAACCACAUCGCACAUGGCACGUAUUAGGCAAGCAAUAAUAAUAUAUAUAAUAUAUAGCUACUAGCUAGCUAAGUGACUACUUACAAAUUAAAAGCCUCUCCCACCGGCAGCCAACCUAUCUCCCGGCCAUGACCCCAAACUACCCACCCUCCGACCAAGUGUCCGCCGCCGGCACCGCCGCCACAAAAGCCUUCCUCAUCCUCUUAUCCCUCCUCGUCUCCAUCGUCCUCACAAUAACCCUCAAGAGAAAACGAGCCGCCGCCUCCAACCUCCCGCCGCUCCCUCCCAGCCCGCCAUCAUGGCCGGUGAUCGGCAACCUCCCGGAGAUAAUAUUCCACACCAAACCCAUGUUCCGGUGGGUCCACGACGUGAUGAAGGACAUGAACACCGACAUCUGCCUCAUCCGCCUCCCCGCCGGCGGCCCCACCAUCGUCCCCGUCCUCGACCCGGCCAUCGCCAGGGAGAUGCUGAGGAAGCACGACGCCAGCUUCGCCGACCGCCCCGCUUCCUUCGGCAGCCACGUCAUCAGCGACGGCUACUUGACCACCGUGAUGUCGCCCACCUGCGACGACCAGUGGCGUAAAAUGCGGAAGGUGCUGACCUCCGAGAUCGUCUCCCCCGCAAGACACAAGUGGCUCCACACAAAGCGCGUGGAAGAAUCCGACAACCUCGUCUUCUACGUCCACAGCCGCUGCAUCUCCGGCAAGAGCGUCGACCUCAGGAUCGCCACGCAGCAUUACUGCGGCAACGUCAUGAGGAAGAUGCUCUUCGGCCGGAGAUUCUUCGGGGAGCCAACCUCGGAUGGUGGGCCCGGGCCAAUGGAAGUGAAACACGUGGAGGCAUUGUUCACCGGGUUGAAGUACCUGUACUUCUCCGGUGUAUCGGAUUACCUGCCGUGGCUGAGGGGAUGGGACGUCGAUGGAAAGGAGAAGAUUGUUAGGGAAGCGGAUAAGACCAUCAAAGCUCUCCAAAACCCUAUUAUUGACGAGAGGAUUCGACAGUGGAGAAGUGGAGAGAGGAAGGAGAUCGAUGACCUCAUUGAUGUACUCGUCACUCUCAAGGAUGACGUCGAUAGGAAACCCUUGCUUACACCCCAAGAAAUCAAGAGCCAGGCUGCGGUAACAAUUAAUUAAAAAAACUAUACAUAACGAAUUAAUGAUGGCGGUGAUAGACAACCCAUCCAAUGCGGUGGAGUGGACGAUGGCCGAGCUAAUCAACCAGCCAGACCUCAUGGCGAAGGCCGUGGAGGAAAUCGAUCGAGUUGUUGGGAAAGAAUCGCGAUUGGUUCAGGAAUCUGACUUCGGAAGUCUGCACUAUGUGAAGGCAUGUGUUAGGGAGGCGUUCCGGCUACAUCCAGUAUAUCCAUAACGUUCCCCACGUGUCUACUUGUGAUACGGUCGUGGCUGGCUACCUUAUCCCUAAGGGUAGUCACGCCCUGCUCAGCCGGUACGGGCUUGGCAGGAACCCGGAGGUAUGGACCGAUCCACUCAAGUUCGACCCAGAUCGCCACCUUGAUGGCACCGGUGAUCAUAACAGUGUGGUUCUCGCCGAGCACGAUCUUAGGUUCAUAUCAUUUAGCACUGGACGGCGUGGUUGUGUGGCGGCGGUGCUUGGGACUUGCAUGACCACCAUGUUGCUAGCCAGGUUGCUUCAGUGCUUCACGUGGGCUCCAUUGGAGGAUGGGAAGGGCGUCAUUGAUCUUGCUGAAGCUAAGGAUGAGCUCUUUCUAGCCACGCCCCUCGUAGCGUUUCCUAAACCUCGUUUGGCUCCCCACCUAUACCCCAAAACAAAUUAAGAACCCGUUUGUGUUAGGAAUAUUUAUGCGUGACACAUCCUUGCGCAGAGACCAUGUUCAUCUUCUUUGUAUUAUUCCAAUUUUAUCAAAUGUCUUCGAAACAGUGUUAGGAUAUUUAGUUCCUGUUAG